GCGCAUGCGCCGUCGGUCACUACUGCAGAGGGGAUAGCGCAGCUGUCAGGUGUUCAGGAAUGUGAAUCGGUGACUUUGUGAGCACAGCUUUGGAUUUCAUUGACUUUCUAUUUAUGUAAACAUCAGUUCGGUCUAUCCAGCGCUUACAAUGAUGUUUUCGGAACCGUGAAAGACGCGGUCUAAGCAGACCAGGACACAAGUGACUCGGUCGCCAUGACUUCUACAACCAUCAACGAAGCGGCUCGGACCCUAGACAACCACCGGCGUUGUUUUUCGCUGCUUUUCUACCGAGCAGUGCGGGAUCUGAAGCCGGUGUGGAUGCUGGAGGAAAUGCGGACGAUGGAGACAUUUCACCAAGAGGAGGACGCCAGCCAAAGAAUUUACACCCCGUCGGAGGCACUGCUCUACGCUAUAGUCCAUGACCACCAGGCUUAUGCGCAGCACCUCCUCAGCCGAUACACCGACGAGGCGUUGGCGAAGCCCGGGGAGCGCUUCUGCUGCUGCCCGUCCUCCGCCCCUCACCUGGCUAUGGCGGUCCGUUACGAUAGGCUCUACAUCCUCGGCCUCAUCUUGCAGGAAAGUCACCGGAUACCAGGCACCUAUCAGGGACACAGAUGUUUUCAUAUUGAAGAAGCCAGAACUCCGUUACAUUUGGCCUGCGAGCUCCUGCGGCCCGAAGCGGUCAUCAUGCUGCUCGGGAACGGAGCGUCCCCGCACGCUCAGGAUCACAACGGCUUGACCCCUCUGGAUGUCAUUCUGGAAAAACUCAGGGGCUCCGCAGCGAUGAAAGGAGAGAUGAGGCAAUGUUUGGACAACCUGCUCAUGUUUAUGCCAAAAGUUCAUUUUAAAAUGAGAGGAAGUCUUGACAGAGACCCGGACAGUUGGAGGAAGGUGCUCGGGGAGGACACGUAUAAGUACCUAACAGGACGAAGUCCCGCUUCCCUGGUCCUCGCCACUAUGCAGACUAUUUUGAAGCAGCUAAGCCCUCAAACCUUCACAGACAGCCUACAUGAGCUGCCCAUCCCCUCCUCUCUUAAACCGCCAGGUUUGCCUUUAAGUCAGAAGGUGGUGCAGCAUCAGUAGCUGUGCAAUGAUGCUCGUUGUGUAUUAACAUGUUGCGUGUUCGCAUGAUGUGUGUGUGUGUGUGUGUGUGUGUGUGUGUGUGUUUGAAGAGCUGGGACAGUCAGGGACAAUCUGUUAUGUAUUGAUGUGUCUUCAUUUCAUUGCAUGGCAGCUGGAUGCAGACUUGGGUACAAACAGCCAUAAAUUGAACCUUUUGGCCUGAUUCGUGCAUCAGUAUCAGUUUAUUUGUCUAACCUCAUUCAAAGUGUUAAAUGGGUUCUGCUGCUGUUUAGGCCACAAGAAACUGGCUAGACCUCUGAAUGAGGUGUGUAACUAAUUUAUUCGGUGGUACUAAACAGUAUUGUUAAUAAAGACGAUGUGUUAGAUCAUUUAUAAUCAGUCAGGUUAAUGGGAAAUGAAUAACGUCUGUUUAUUUUUAUUUACAAGAUAUUAAAUACAGUGAUCUGGCUGUUUUUCUUCAAUCCAAAAAUGCCACACAAAGCACUUUUGCUGAAUAUAUUCUAUGGCGCUAAAUCAGGGCCAUAAUAUUUGUUCAUUUGAAAGAAAUAUUUGAGAGUGAAAAAAUAAGUUGAAAAUGAAAGUCACAUUUUUUCUGUGAGCUUUGAAAAACAAAUAAUUGGAUUCAAAAUAAAACAAAAUGUUUUAAAUGUU